AUUCUUGUGCAAAUUCGUGUGCAUCACAUCCCCAUCCCAUUCCACACCCAAACCGAGGGUGGGAAGGGGCGCUGCGGCCCCUCCCUGGGGCCACGGGACGUGUCACGAGCGUGCCGUGCUCAACAGGAGACCCAGGCAGGCGAGGAGCCGCGCUGCGUGUCCUGGCACACGGCGGGCACCAGGGGCUACUGGACUUCCUCAGGCUGCGCCCGCAUUGGGGGUGACAACCUCCACUCCACCUGCGCCUGCACCCACUUCUCCACCUUCGCCAUCCUCAUGGCCAUCGACCCCGUGACGGACAGUUUCGCGCUGAUGGUGGUGACUUACGUGGGGUUGUCGGUGUCGCUGGUCUGCCUCUUCCUCGCCAUCGCCACCUUCCUCCUGUGCCGCUCGCUCUGGAGCGUCAGCAUCAGCCUCCACCUGCAGCUCAGCAUCUGCCUCUUCGCUGCUGACCUCCUCUUCCUCGUGGCUGUGCCCCGCACCGAUGACCGGCUGUCAUGUGCCAUCACGGCGGGCUUCCUCCACUACCUCUUCCUUGCCUGCUUCACCUGGAUGUUCCUGGAGGGUUUGAAUCUCUUCCUCACCGUCAGAAACCUGAGUGUCCUCAACUACACCAAUGUCAAUCGCUUCAGGAAAAGAUACAUCUACCCCGUGGGCUACGGCGUGCCGGCCAUCAUGGUGGCCAUCUCCGCCGCCAUCCACCCUGGUGGCUACGGCACGACGCGCUACUGCUGGCUGAGCACGGAGGAAGGCUUCAUCUGGAGUUUCCUCGGUCCCGUCUGUGUCAUCAUCCUGGUUAAUUUGAUAUUUUUUCUCAUCACCCUCUGGACGUUGCGGGACAAGAUCUCCUCCCUCAACACCAAUAUCACGGCCCUAAAAAACACCCGGCUGAUGACGUUCAAGGCGCUGGCGCACAUCUGUAUCUUGGGCUGCACGUGGGGUCUGGGCUUCCUGCAGUCACGGGGGAACAACAGAGUGGUGGCCUUCAUCUUCACCAUCAUCAACAGCCUGCAGGGAGCCUUCAUCUUCCUUGUGCACUGCGUCCUCAACCGGCAGGUGACGGAGCAGUACUGGCGCUGGUUUAGGGCGCUGGGGCGACGAGCGCACCCCCAGGAAAUGGCCACCACCGAGAUCCAUGUCUCCUAUGUCACGGUAAGGGCACCCGGACCCCUGCGGGGUGCUGGGUGA